GAAAAUAAAUACAGUAAAAUAGAAGACAGAAAAUUUUUGAAGUUUCGCAUAUAUGGUGAAAUGUCUCUUUGUGCGCCACGUGGUGUCGGCGACAUGAGACUGUUGUUUCCGGUGGCUGGAUUGACACCCCGUAAGCUCAAUCGGGAAAGCAAUGCGUUUGAGUUCCGGUUCGGGUUUGGGUUGCACCGGAAGGAGGAGGUGCGGCGUAGGAGGCUGAGGCUCAAGCUCACCGCGGAACUAUCCAACUAUUUCUCCCUCAACUUGGAUUUGGACUCUCGGGAAUUGAAGACAGUCCAGUCUCAUGAUGUAUCACAGUUACCAUGGGUUGGUCCAGUUCCAGGGGAUAUUGCAGAAGUUGAGGCAUAUUGUAGAAUUUUUAGAGCUGCUGAAAUGCUUCAUGCUGCUUUGAUGGACACAUUAUGUAAUCCAUUGACUGGUGAAUGUAGCGUUUCAUAUGAUUUCACUCCUGAGGAAAAACCAUUAGUGGAGGACAAAAUAGUGUCUGUUCUUGGUUGCAUGAUAUCCCUUUUAAACAAAGGAAGAGAGGAUGUUCUUUCUGGAAGGUCCUCAAUUAUGAGUGUGUUUCAGACUGCAGAUGCUGGUGUGGUUGAGGAUAAGCUUCCACCACUUGCUGUUUUCAGGGGUGAGAUGAAAAGGUGUUGUGAGAGCUUGCAUAUUGCCCUUGAAAACUAUUUGACACCUUCUGAUCAUCGAAGCCUGGACAUAUGGAGGAAGUUGCAGAGGUUAAAGAACGUCUGUUAUGAUUUGGGUUUCCCACGUAAGGAAAACCAUCCUUGCCAAGCACUUUUUGCAAACUGGGAAACUGUUUAUUUUUCCACUUCUGAAGAUGAAGCACAGGCAAGAGAUUCAGAGGUAGCAUUUUGGAGGGGUGGUCAGGUAACAGAGGAAGGUCUGAAAUGGUUGAUUGAUGGAGGAGUUAAGACCAUUGUUGAUCUUAGAGCAGAGACCGUUAAGGAUAAUUUUUAUCAAGCAGCAAUGGAUGAUGCUAUUUUGUCUGGGAAAGUUGAAUCAAUAAAAAUUCCAGUAGAAGUUGGGAUGGUACCUUCCAUGGAGCAGGUUGAGAAGUUCACUUCUUUGGUUUCAGAUUGUAGCAAAAGGCCCAUCUAUCUUCAUGGCAAAGAAGGAGUGUGGAGAACUUCUGCCAUGGUCUCUAGAUGGGGGCAGUACAUGAGUCGCUUUGCAUCACGGUUUGCCACUGAUCAAUCAGUCAAUCCCAAUAAUGUAUUACCACAAGGUGAAAAUAGAACAGGAAAAAUACAGGAGCCUUUCAUUGCAGAAAAAGGGCCUCCAUUACAAGAGGCUGAUGAGUUCCUGCAAGAGGCUUUCAGUGAAAUUCAUACUCCCAAUGGAGUAUAUCAAAAAGCAGUCUCCCCAGAAAGUAACAGUGAUGACUUGAAUGUCUAUGGGGUCAACAAUGACCUUUCCAGACAUUCAUCAGAGGAUGCAUUCAAUGAUGGUGCAAGACCAGCAGGACACUUCUAUGAGGAAACUCAUCCUUUGAAGGCUCAGGUUCCUCCUUGCAAUGUUUUCUCAAGAAAAGAAAUGUCUAUAUUUUUGAGGAGUAAAAAUAUCUCUCCUCCAACAUAUUUUAGUUAUCAGUUCAAAAGGCUGGAAAAAGAAAAACUGCCAGUUUCAAGAGAGACAAUUAGAACAGUUUGGAGAAGUGAGAUAGUUGGUGGUAGUGAUCCUCUUCCAAGCAUUGUGGAGAGAGAAAAUCCCAAUGGUUCACUCAGAGGGGAACAUCAAGAUCAGGAAAAGCAAAGUCUAGGUACCAGCAAUGAGAAGUACAUGAAUGAUGCCAUUUCUAUUGUUAUUGAUCCAAAUGUGAAUGGAUUUGGGGAGGAGGAGAGGUGUACUUUGACUGAAACUAAUGACACCACUUUAACCAAGAAUGUUGGUUCGCAUGCCAUGUCUACACCUUCUAGGGAGAAUCAGAAGACCAAUAGGAAGCCCUCCUCAGUGUCUAAUGAUGAUGACUUGGGGUCAAUUGAAGGAGAUAUGUGUGCUUCUGCAACUGGUGUUGUGCGGGUGCAGUCAAGAAAGAAAGCAGAGAUGUUUUUAGUGAGAACAGAUGGAUUCUCCUGCACCAGAGAAAAGGUGACUGAAGCCUCCUUGGCUUUCACACAUCCUAGCACCCAGCAACAGAUGCUUAUGUGGAAGUCAAGACCAAAGACUGUAUUAUUAUUGAAGAAGCUCGGGCAGGAACUAAUGGAAGAAGCUAAAGAGGUUGCUUCUUUCUUAUAUUACAAAGAGAAAAUGAAUGUCCUUGUUGAACCCAAUGUGCAUGACAUAUUUUCUAGAAUCCCAGGCUUUGGAUUUGUUCAAACCUUUUAUAGUCAGGAUACCAGUGAUCUCCAUGAGAGGGUUGAUUUUGUGGCAUGCUUGGGGGGAGAUGGGGUUAUAUUGCAUGCAUCAAAUUUGUUUAGAGGUCCUGUCCCCCCUGUUGUAUCAUUUAAUCUUGGAUCUCUUGGAUUUCUCACUUCCCACACUUUUGAAGACUACAGGCAGGACUUGAAACAAGUGAUCCAUGGAAAUAACACAGCAGAUGCCGUCUACAUAACUCUUAGGAUGCGACUCCGAUGUGAAAUUUUUCGAAAUGGUAAAGCAGUUCCUGGGAAAGUAUUUGAUAUCCUGAAUGAGGUUGUUGUUGAUAGGGGUUCCAAUCCAUACCUUUCUAAGAUUGAAUGUUAUGAACAUGAUCGACUUAUAACCAAGGUGCAAGGUGAUGGAGUUAUAGUAGCCACACCUACAGGGAGUACUGCUUACUCUACAGCUGCUGGAGGUUCCAUGGUUCAUCCAAAUGUUCCUUGCAUGCUUUUUACACCAAUCUGUCCACACUCCCUCUCAUUUAGGCCAGUUAUUCUUCCAGAUUCUGCGAGGCUUGAAUUGAAGAUCCCAGAUAACGCUAGAAGUAAUGCAUGGGUUUCUUUUGAUGGGAAGAGAAGGCAGCAACUUUCAAGGGGGGAUUCUGUUAGAAUAUCCAUGAGCCAGCAUCCCCUUCCAACAGUCAACAAAUCAGAUCAAACAGGUGAUUGGUUCCACAGCUUGAUUCGCUGCCUAAAUUGGAAUGAGAGACUUGAUCAGAAAGCCCUGUAGUGUCUCUGAAACUGAACAUCAUUUUUCUCCAUCCACGGUACAGGAAGCAGGUUUGUCUGAAUUACUGACUUACCCAUACAUACUUAAAAUUGAAACAGCCAUCGAUGAUGCUUGAAUAUACAUAGAGUGAAUGUAUUCAUUUUUCAAACAUCUUAGUUAGAUCAUUAAUUGAAAG